AUGCCUCAGAAGCUGGUCUCGUUGCGAUUACCCGGUGAUUUGCUUUCUUCUUUCACGGAACUGCCCACAUCCUUGAAAACCAAGAGGAAAGCCAAGGCAGAAGAGGGUGUCGGAAUGACGCCGAAUGGACUAGAAGUUGAAAAGAAGAAGAAAGCCAAGCCUGCUAAUUCAGGUCCAAAGACAGUUUUCAAGAAGAUUGCAGCAUCCUCUCCAGCACCCGAAUCUCCAGCGGGGAGUGAAGUUUCCAGGACUGCGGCGGGGCGUGUGAAUCUUGCUGCCAGUGCUAAUGGUGGCCUACUGGAACUCGAUCGCUCGGGUCGUCCGUCAGAAAGAUGGGUUCCGUUCCAGAAAGAAAUAAAGAGCUUUAGUGGAUACUCCACGUUUUUGACUACUUGGAAACGAGCCAAGUUAUUGUACAGGGAUGACUCCACGGGGACGACCAUGGAACCCAAGAGCGAUGAUAUGUUACAGGAUGUGAGCAUGGAUUUGGGUCUAGCAGAUGAACCAGAAGUUAAGGAAGAACUUUCUGAAGGGAAGUCUUUGGUUGAGGUAUAA